AUGGUCUUAGUUCCAGUCAACAAUCUGCCGACAAGUCCAGGAUUGAAUCAAGCAGCUGGUAGUUCUCAGAGCCAAGCAAGGCCACUUAUCCACGUGGUCAACGAUGCCCUUCCACCGAUGACCGAUGACCAGGAAGACCAGGACCAGAAAGAUGUUUCCCCUCACACAUGUCGCCACUGUUCAAGAAUCACGAUCGAUAUGAGACAAAACUCAAAAGACGGCAAAGAUGACGGUCAAAUUGGCUUCACUGAGGCUGAUGUCAUCUCUGCUCUGAAAGACAACUGCGCUUUAUUCUCUGCCUUUCGUCAAGGGGCCUACCUUGUCAGCAUGACCUCAGGUCCAGACAACCCGAUCUGGGUCGAGCGGACUUUGAAGCAGCCAGCCAUUGUCAACUUCUUCGAGGUCGAUUGGGAACGACUCAAGCUGGGCUACAAAAUGAACAAUAGGUUGGGGGAAUUGGUGCUCUACAAUGUUCCAGGUCAAAAGCCCCACGAGCUGUUCGGACCCCAACCGCCACCCAACCUCCUCCCCAACUCUGAGCUCAGCUACUCCCGAGCCAGGAAAUAUCUCCGAGAUUGCUCCGCCAACCACACCAAAUGCCGCGAGUUCAACCUUAGCCACAUGCCCACCCGCCUCUUGGAAGUCGUUACUCGCCCCAAUUCUCCAAACCCAGAUGAACCACACCUCAUCGUUCGUCUUGUCAGCAACCCACCCCCAGCCCCCUACGCAACCCUAAGCUACUGCUGGGGCGGCGACCAACCCGGCAAGACCACCAAAAGGAACGUUGGAACCUACUCCCGCAACAUCCCUCUUGAUGUUCUCCCGUUGACCAUCAUCGACGCUUUAACCGUAACCCACGGCGUAGGAAUGAAAUACCUCUGGGUGGAUGCACUGUGCAUUGUUCAAGACUCGGACCAAGACAAAAUGAAUGAAAUCUCCAACAUGCACCUCAUCUACCGCGGAGCAUUCCUCACCAUUGCUGCUGGUGUAGCUUCUACCAGCCUUGACGGGUUCCUACGUCCGAGGGUUCACGACAGGGGGUAUGUCUUUAAUGUAAGGGUUGAUUCACCAGUUGGAAAGCAGGAAGGGGAGAUACGACAAGCUAUCGCCAUGCCAGUGCGCUUGAGGCGGGAUCAGGAGAUGUUACCUCUUUACACCAGGGCUUGGACCUUCCAGGAGGGACAGUUAUCCACCCGGGUGCUUGCUUACGGAAACAGGGGGAUGGUGUUUUGUUGUUUGGAGUCGAGGCAUACAGAUGGGGGGCUAGAGGAGCCAAUUACGACUUUGAGAUCGAUUGAUGAUUCCAUAGGCGCAAGUUUCAAGAACUUGGACCCGGGAAAUCAGAGUUUGGGCGGGGUGGGGCAUCCGUUGGCUUGGGGGGUGAUUGUGGAGGCUUAUACGUCGAGGGAGUUGACGGUGGGGGAUGAUAAGUUGUUGGCUGUUAUGGCUAUUGCGGAGGAGUACAAGAGGACGAAGGAAGGGGUGGGGGAGUAUUUGGCUGGGUUGUGGAGGGGGGAUAUGCUUUUUCAGCUGUUGUGGGCGGCGCAUAGGGUUAGUGAUGUGAAGACCAAAUUUAAGAGGCCGGAGAGGUACAGGGCGCCGAGUUGGAGUUGGGCGAGUUUGGAUGGGCAUUUUAGGAUUUUUUUGCAUCAGGGGGUGUUGGAUGGGAGUAUUGGGUAUAAAUACGCUUGUGAGUUGCUUCAUGCGGAGACAACGCUUGUGGGGGGUAAUCCGUUGGGGCAGGUCAAGGGAGGUUUCAUUCGGCUGAGGGGACGAGUGAAGAAGGUUGUUUGGAAACGGAAUGGGACCGGUAAACAUGAUCACGGUUAUGGGUGGGCGCUUGGGGAUUCGGAGAGCGAUUGGGUGAAGUCUGGUGAGGUGCCGGGGGAUGAUAGGCUCUCUUGGUAUGUUGAUGUGCCGGAUGAGUGGCCGGUGAAGAGAGACAUUGUGAUGUCUUGCAUUGAGGUUUGCACGUAUGAGGCGCCGGAGAACCUGAUGCAGUUUGCUAUGGUGCAGCUGUAUGACGAGAGAGGGGGGUCGCCGAAUAUGACACAGGGACGAGGGAUUUUGUUGGUUCCUGUUGAAGGUCAGCCGGACACAUACCGGCGGGUGGGGACGAUGGGAUGCAAGGGCUAUCUUGAGGGCGAUGUGGGCUUUGAGAAGAAGCCUUAUUGGUUUGAUGAGGGUCACGGUAUGAGGCAAGAGGUUGUUGUCAUCUGA